GUCGCAGCUGAAUUUCUUGUUUUGUUUAUGUAUGAAAUUUUGCAGGCCCUGAAUUAGAAAGGCAUUCAUGAGGACCUCGCGGGCGGCUCAACUUCGCCAAUCGUAAAAUUAAGUUCUGAUGGACGUGACGGGAGAUUCGACGUCGGAAAAUGCGAUGGAUGAUCUCCAGGGCGAAAUUUACAAAAAGAAGUUCGAGUUGUUGCUCAAACGAUGCCGGGAAAUAGAACAGGACAAUCAACGAAUAGCUUACAGGAUUUACAAAGUAGAGAAAAUGUACAAAGAGACUCGACAUGACAAAAAAAUUUUAAAACAAAGACUGGACCUUCACCGCGAUGAAUGGCGGGCUGCGUACGCAGAAAGAAAUAGCGCCGACGCCCCCGAGGGACUUCUUCCGCCACCCCAAAGCAACCUAGUACCACAUCCGCCCGCUCCUCCUCAAAAACCAGUCAAAUUAAAAAUCAGCCUUGGCAAGUCGCCCCAGGCUUCAAGUAGCAAAGCGCCUGUCAAGCAACCUGCGGCUUCGUCUUCAAGGGCUGCUCCCAAACCUCAGAACCCUUCCAAGGCGCACGGAGGAAAGCCCAAAGCCGUCAUGCCUAUAAAACAACCUGUGAAUCGAUCAGCGCUUAACAGCCCUGCAAGCAAAUCUUCCUUAGGAGGAAAACCACAGUCACUAAUCAGACCUCCGUUGCCCUUACAAGCGCAGCCUCCAGCUUCAAAAGCACCAAAUCGGAGAGCGUCGAUUGAGAAAGGUGGCAAAAAAGCGUCCAAAGAAAGGCCUAAGAAACCCAAAGUGGAGAAAGAUCCGAAUGCUCCAAAGAAACCAGCCAAUCCCUUCCUGCAGUUUUGCAAAGAGCAGAGAUUGAUCACGACCGAACUCAUGCGAGGAGCGUCCGACAUCAACAAACAAGAAUUGAACAAAGUUCUCUGCAACCGAUGGAAAACCUUGACUCCAGAGGACAAAAAGGUGUACAUUGAAAAGUAUGAACUGGAAAAGCAGCAGUACAGUAUCGAGAUGGAACUGUACGGCAGGCAAAAGGAGGGUAUGCUUGGGUCGCUGCCUGCCGAGUUGUUUGAUCUGCCUUAAACGUACUCUUGGACCUGCUGCACCAUGUCAUUGCCAAAUAAAUUUUAGAUCUAAUUGAAUGAAAAACAAAUCUAUUC